UUUUAUGCAUUUGGAAAAAGAAAACGAACGAAAAUCUCAAGUCAAAAGCGGUCAAGCUCAUGCCUUUGUUGUGAACUUGUGAGAAAUGCUCUGAAAACGGAAAAGCAGCUUCCCAAAACCCUUCCACUGGCUGUGUCUGUGGGCUAUUCGUUUCCAAGGUUCCAAUGUCGACGAAGAAGCUCCACCACAACCGCCAUCUUCCUGAAGAAAUUAUAGUCCAAAUUCUGUGCCGGUUGCCGAUAAAACCUCUGAUUCGAUUCAGUUCCGUUUCGGAACGGUGGCAUUCUCUCAUAAUUGAGGACCCACAGUUUGCCCAAUCCCACUUCAAGCUAGCCUCCGAUCGCAAAACCCUCACCCAGAGACUCCUCAUCUCCACCAACUAUCAACUCCGAUCCUUGGACCCGGAAACGCCGUCGUUCGCAGACAACGAUUCUUCGCUCAGUAAUAUCACCUUCCACACCUAUACCAACCUACUGGGCUCCUGUAAUGGUUUGGUAUUUGUAGAUGUUGAUGGUUAUGAAAAUCAUAGCUUGUCUCUCUGGAACCCAUCAACCAGAUUCGAACGCGAAUUGCCUGACCCAUAUUUUGUGUCUGUGGCGAAUACAGAAAAGGUUAGAUCUGAAUUUGACCGUACUGGCCUGGGAUAUGUGUCAUCCACUGACGACUACAAAAUCUUCAUAGAUGCUUAUGUUUAUUCUACACCUUUCCAGAAGUUUAUGGAGAUUUUCUCAUCCAGAUUGAACUCUUGGAAACGCAUUCAAGUCCGUGGGCACGACCCACCAUGCUCUUUCAGAAGCCCCACCACCACUAGCUUGGGGGCCCUUACAAAUGAAGCACUGCAUUGGUUCUACUCCAGAGUCGGUGAGGAGGAGCCAACGAUCCUUGCUUUUGAUCUGGCAAAGGAGGAAUUCAGGGAAGUUCCAUUCCCCACUUUUGAUGGUGAUGCCGAUGACAUUGAUGUUAAUCAGAUGGGGGUUCAAGUAGUUUCAAGAGGAGAAGGAGAAGAAUGCCUCUGUGUUUCGAUUACUAGGAGACGUGGUGGUGUUAAUUUCAUGGAAUUCUGGGUUAUGAGAGAAUAUGGGGUGCGUGAAUCUUGGAAUGUGCUCUUUAAAUUUAACACGAAUGAUGUAUCUAAAUCGUUGGGUGGGAAUUUCCACGGUUAUGAAGCCUGUUUCGUUACUGAAGGUGGUACAGUUAUAUUCAGGCUGAGGUGGGAUUGGGACAUAGUGGUGAGGAUUGAAUGCCACAGAGAAGCGGAGCCGGUUUGCAGUACCCCAUUUAACGUCAAUGAUGGGGAUGGGGCAGUGUAUGACGUGAUUAAAUACAAUGAGACUCUGCUUUCAGUACCUAACUAACCAUGGAGAGGACUCUGGUAAUUUGGAUUUUGAUGCCUAAUUUGUCAAAGGAGAUUGAAUGCGCGUCUCAUUUGGAUUUGAAUUUGAGAAACCCAACUUCCUCAGCAGCUGAUGAGCUUGAUGAACUGGUACUGCAGCAAUGCACCACACAACAACUAGCAUUACUUUCUGAUCUCUCAAACUGCCCCUCAAAAUGAAUCAUUUUCAAUUUAGUCCUCCUAGCUGGUCUAGAAAGAGUAGUAGUAAAUCCACAUGAAAUCUCUGCGCAGAGUUUUCCUGAUAUGUUAAUGCUGGGGUAGCUUGCUGCUAUCAAAUGAGCCAUAUUUGCUUUGCUGUUGAUUGCUGCCUUUAAUGACUUACGUUUUUUAUCCUGCUA